UUUAAAUUGUUAAGUCAUUUAAUUUUUUAUGGCGCUUUUUUUUAAUAAUGCCUUUUUAUAAAAAGCCGCGUAAUUUCAUACCCCUUCUAAAAGCAGCUGAAAAGAAAUCGAUCAAGAAUGGUCUCCGUCAUGCCAUCUUCACGUCAAGGUUCGAUCGUUAUGUUGGUGAAUGGAAAAAAGACUUGAAAGAAGGAAAAGGAACAUUUCUUACUAUCGAUGGCAAGUUAUACGAAGGUGACUGGUAUAAAGGUUACAGACAUGGUUUUGGAUUGCUCAGUCACCUUAAUACAAAUGGGACCUAUACCCUCGAGUACCGCGGCGACUGGGUGCGAGGCAAACCUGAGGGUAUCGGCUGGUGGUACUACGAAAACGGUGACGUUUUCCUAGGGUUCUGGAAGGCUGGUAAGAGGCACGGCUUCGGAACUAUGUGGUACACAGACAACACUGUCUAUGUGGGCUAUUUCAGUGAGGGCAAGAAGCAAGGUUUAGGGCUAUUGGUUCUUGAAAACGGUAACCGCUACGAAGGCCAUUGGGAGAACGAUUUGAAGCACGGUUUCGGUCGGUUCUACCACAUUCACACCGGGCAGCUGCAACAAGGAUGCUGGGUCGAAGGCAUCUGCGUCAAGUCCAAGAUGAGCGACAUACUCAUACGCCAGUUUUGCGACCGGCCGACACAGUACCCGAUACCACCGAACGAACUGAAAUUCUCAAAAGCUAUAUUGGAACACAACGAAUUUUGGUUACAACAAAAGGCAGGGGAUAUUGAUAAAAACCUCAAGUUCUGUAUCGACCAAAUGUAAUGUAUAUUAAGUGUUUUA